AUGGAAGAGUAUCAAUGUAGAUAUGUAAAUCAUGAAAAAGAAGAAAUCAUUGGCUUCUGUAUGAAUAAAUUAUGUCAGGAAAUACCAUAAUAUUGUUAGGAAUGCCUAAUAUUUAGGCAUUAAGACCAUAAAGAAGAUUGUCUUAAUUUCUCUAUUUUGUCAGAGUAAAUAAAUAAAAAUAUAAUGAAUCUGAAAUCAUAAAGUUAAUAAUUAUUUGAAGCUAAUAAUAAAUUAGGGUUUAUGUUUGAAAUCUUUUUCAAAUAGAUGGAUACUUAAAUUUUAAAACUGUAUGAUAUAGAUAAAUAAUUAAGUAAUAAAGAAUAUUUAUCAUUUAAAUAAUAAUUAACAUAUCUUCAAUAGUUCCAUUCAGGUGAGAAUGCUAACAAAUAUAGUAAAACAUUUAUAAAUAUUAUUUAGGUACAUUAUUAGAUUUAUAGAAUUAAAUUUUAAAAGUUAUGGAAAAUAUUGUAAAGCAGAAUGAUCAAAAGGAAAUCAAACAUAAAGAAUAAGAAACAGAAACCAAUUAGAUAUAAAAAAAGACUGAAAACUUUGAGAUAUUAAAUAACGAUUAGGAAAUUAUUUAGAGUUAAGUUAUUUUUGAGAAUGGUAAAGAAUUAUGAAAUUAAGCAGGCAAACAAUUAACUUACGAGGAAAAGUACUAAGAUGCAUUAAAAUUAUUCGAUAAAGCUUUAAUGAAAGAUCCAAAAAAUGAAGAAAUAUAAAUAUGGAAAGGUAUAAAUCAUUAUUUAUUAUUAAAGGAUAAGUCUUAAUUUAUUUAGAAAGAUUUUAAGAAGCCAAUUUAUCCUAUGAUUAAAGUCUUUAAUUAAAUUAAAAAAGUUUUUUAAUACUGAAUAAUAAAGGUAAUUAUGCUUAAAAGGAAAUAUUAUAGGAACAGUGUUAAAUGAUUUAAAAAAAUAUUAAGAAGCUAUUUAAUGCUACGAUGAAGCCAUUAAACUCAAUCCAUAUGAUAGCAAAGUAUUUUGUAAUAAAGGUAUUUAUAAUGUGUAGAUUUUUCAAUAGGAUUGGCAUUAAAAAAUCUAAAAUAAUAUGAAGAAUCUAUAUAAUGUUAUGAUAAAUCUAUUUAGUUAAAUAUAAAAAAUGAUACAGCUUUCAACAAUAAAGGUAUUAAUAAUUUUUAAUUUUAGGAACAACUUUAGUAAGUUUGAAAAGAUUUUAAGAAGCUAUCGAAUGUUUUGAUAAAGCUAUUUAAUUAAAUCCAUUAAAUGACUCAGCUUUAAACAAUAUGGGUAUUUAUUGUUGAAUUAAUUUUAUUUUUAGGAUUAGCAUUAAUAUAACUCAGCAGAUAUGAUGAAGCUCUCAAAAAUAUCGAAAAAGCACUAUAAUUAAAUCAAAAAAGUCAUAUAGCAUUAGAAAACAAAGGUUAUUUUAGAUAAUAAUUAAUUUCAAUAGGAAGUGUAUUACACUAAUUGUAAAGAUACUAAUAAGCAAUCGAAUGUUAUGAUAAAGCCAUCCUACUAAAUCCAAACAGUGAUUAAGCAUAUUUAAAAAAAGGUAUUUGUUUCUCAAAUAUAUAUUUAAAAGGAGUAACCUUAAUUAGCUUAAAAAAAUAUUCAGAAGCAAUAGAAUAUAUUGAUAAAUCUAUUCAACUGAAUCCAAAGAAUGAUUAAGCAUUAUGUUCAAAAGGUAUUUCAUAGUUUUAUGGAUUAUAUAAGGAUAAGCGUUAUAAGGCUCAUUAAGAUAUUAGGAGGCUAUUUAAUGCUAUGAUUUAGCUAUUUAAUUUAAUCCAAAUGAUGAAUUUAUAAUAAUCUCUAAAGGUUUUAUAUAUAUUAGAUUAUUUAUUAGGUUAAGCAUUAGGAAAGUAAUAAAAAUACGAAAAAGCAAUUUAAUGUUUUGAUAAAGCAAUUUAGUUAAAUUAAAAUAAUUUUGAAAUACUUGAAUAAAAAGGUAUAAAUAUAUUUAAAAUUAAUCUAAAUAGGAUGCAUGUUAAUUGAAUUCAGAAAAUAUUAAGAAGCAAUUGAUUGUUUUAAUAAAGCAAUUAAAUUAAAUCCUAAAUCAGAAAAUGCAUUGUGCAAUAAAGGUAUUUAUUUAACAUUUUAACAAUAAAGGAGCAGCAUUAAUAAAUUUAUAAAAAAAUUAAGAAGCUAUAAAAUGUUUAGAUGAAGCAAUCAAAUUAAAUCCUUAGAAUGCUUCAGCUUUAAACAACAAAGGUAUAUAUUAUAAUAAUUUUUACAGGAUCAGCAUUAAAUAAUUUAAGAAGAUACAAUGAAGCUAUUGAAUAUUGCGAUAAAGCUAUUAAAAUAGAUCCUAAGAAAGACAUGGCAUAUUUAAACAAAGGUAUAAUUAUAAUAACAAUAAUAAAGGAUUAGCGUUACUAUAUAAAGACAACAUUAAAUAGGCCAUUGAAUAUUUCGAUAAAGCACUUCAAUUGAAUCCCAAAAAUGAUUUAGCGUUUUACAAUAAAGGUUCUUUUUAAUUUUAUUAUUUUUAUUUAGGAUCAGCAUUAUUGAAUUAGCAAAAAUAUGCAGAAGCAAUAGAAUGUUUUGAUAAAUCAAUUCAAUAUAAUCCAUAAGAUGAUAGUGUAUAUCAUAACAAGGGUAUUAAUUAUAUUCAAAUUUUUAAUUAAGGAGAAGCAUUAAUUAAUUUAGGAAAAUAUAAAGAAGCCAUUAAUUGUUUUGAUAAAUCAAUUGAAUUAAAUCCAAAUGAUUUUUCUGGAUACGACUCUAAAGGCAUUUAUUAAAUUUAACUUUCUUAAAAUAGGUAUGGCAUUAUUCAAUCAGCAAAAAUUUAAGGAAGCUAUUGAAUGCUUUGAUAAAGCAACUAAAUUGAAUCCAAUAGUA